AUGUCCGCCCAAGAGCUCCUCGACCAGGCAGCGGCCUGCAAAGAAACAGAUCCAGCACGCGCCGAAACUCUCUACAAGCAGGUCCUCGAGAUAGAGGCCGCAUCGAAUCAGCAAGAAUCAGCACUUGCAAAGCUCGGAGAGCUAUACCGCGACCAGAAGAAUGCAGAGGGCGUCGCACAGCUCAUCACUCUGUCCCGGGGCUUCAUGUCGUCGACGGCGAAAGCAAAGACAGCGAAACUGAUUCGAACGCUGCUUGACUUCUUCAAUGCGAUACCGAACAGCCAGCAAAUACAGAUUGCAGUGCUGAAAGACAAUAUCGACUGGGCGAAGCAGGAGAAGCGGAUAUUUCUGAAGCACAGUCUUGAGACCCGUCUCGUCUCGCUGCAGCUUGAUACCGCACAGCACAAGCCGGCACUCAAACUCAUCGACACACUUCUCACCGAGCUCAAGCGGCUCGAUGAUAAACUCAUCCUGACGGAAGUUCACCUGCUCGAAUCGCGAGCUCAUUUGAGCCUUCGUAAUCUUCCGAAAGCCAAAGCUGCCUUGACAUCAUCAAGGACAGCAGCCAACUCGAUAUAUUGCCCACCUUACCUGCAGAGCGCACUUGAUCUCCAAGCGGGUAUACUGCACGCGGAGGAAAGAGACUGGACGACCGCAUACUCAUACUUCUUUGAGGCUUUUGAGGGCUUGAGUUCCUUGGGAGAGGAAAGUGCUCUGGGCGCCUUCAAGUACAUGCUCCUUUGUAAAGUCAUGCUAAACUUGCCCGACGAUGUCAACUCCUUGUUGACCAUCAAACUAGCACUGAAGUAUGCUCAGCUACGAGAAGUCGAGAGCAUGCGUGCUAUCGCCCGGGCGCAUCAGAACCGGAAUCUCGCAGACUUCGAGAAAGCUUUGAGGGACUACCAGGAAGAGCUUACCACUGACCCAAUCGUCCGAUCGCAUUUGACUGCCCUGUACGACACACUGCUCGAGCAGAAUCUCCUGCGAAUCGUCGAACCUUACUCCGUUGUCGAGAUUGAGUACGUCGCGCAGAUUGUGGGUCAAGAGCGGCAGGCCGUGGAGACGAAAUUGUCCAAGAUGAUCCUCGACAAGGUAUUUUACGGCGUGCUCGACCAAGGCCGCGGAUGCUUGAUCAUUUACGACGAGCCCGAAGUUGAUACCAUGUACGGCGCAGCGAUCGACACAUUGGAGCAAGUAGGCAAGGUGGUGGAAUCCUUGUACGCAAAGACGGUGAAAAUAGCAUAG